AUGUCAGCGGCGGAGGACGACACGGAGCUGCGGGACCUGCUGCUUCAGAACCUGGAGAACAGUGGCGUCCUGAGCCGCCUGAAGGCGCAGAUGAGAGCAGCUGUAUUCUUUGCCAUGGAAGAGCAGGACCGACUUGAGAACAAAACCCCUCUGGUCAAUGAGAAGCUGAAGACCUGUCUCAACACUCGAGAAGGUCGUGUGGUUGCAGCUCUCGUCCUGGACUUUCUGCAGGUCUUUGAUCUGGACUUCACUCAGUCUGUGUUUGAGGCAGAGGCCCACACUAAGCAUUUAGAGUCCAGAGAACUGCUCUGCAAAAAUCUCGACCUGGACCCAGAACCAAAGAGUCCGGUUCUACUGGAGCUGACCGGCCGCAGAGCCGAGAACUCUGAGGAACAUGGAGACACUGUUCUGAAGAAGGUCUCGGGUCCAGAUCCGGUCCCACAGCUGAGCCAGAUCCUGGACCCUCAGGAGGACUUGGACGAUGUUGACGAUGGAGACUCCUUCUUUGAUGAUCCUCUUCCAGCGCCUCAGAAAACAUAUGGCUGCUCUGCAGACUCUGCUCCAGGUCUGGUUUUGAGGCGGGACAAAAGUUUGAACGACCUCUCAGCCCUGGGAUCUUCAGAGCUCAGGAAACCUGAGAGUCCAGUGCCUUCUCUGUCUUUGGGACACAGCUCCUCAGACCAUUCUGCACACUCAGGUUCUAAAUCCAAAGGAGUACAUGUGUCCAAACGUGUGAGUGACAGAAGUGGAACUCGUCGAGAUGAGGAGGUUGAGUACGAUGAUGACUUCAACAGUGAGCUGAGUGUGGGGGAGGAGAUCGAGGAGGUGUCCAUGGGGGAGGAGUCCAUCCAGGGCCCCAGCGACAAGGGUCCUCCCUCACCACCACAGGGUCCUCCCUCACAACCACAGGGUCCUCCCUCACCACCACAGGGUUCUCCCUCACCACCACAGGGUCCUCCCUCACCACCACAGGGUUCUCCCUCACCACCACAGGGUUCUCCCUCACCACCACAGGGUCCUCCCUCACCACCACAGGGUUCUCCCUCACCACCACAGGGUCCUCCCUCACUUCCACAGGGUCGUCCCUCACCACCAUAG